CACCAAAAUAAAAUAUACAACAGCAGCCACACACUUCUGGUGUCUGAAGAAUGAAAUCGGUGCUAAGAGGUGUGCGUGUAUGGGUGGUGGUUGCUGCCCGAAACAAAAGGUAACUCUUAGAAAUCGUUGUUACUUCUCUCCCUUGCCAAAUGUGGUCGUAGCCAUGCCUGACACGCGACGAAUUGUUGGGCCAGAAACCUCACAAAGCCCGUACAAUCUGUGUUCCAGUUUUCGAGCGUCUUCACUUAAGCUCCUCAAUGAAGGCCGUCGUGCAGAUGGAAGAAAUGAAUCACAGCAUCGUCCUGUUUAUAUGCGAGCAGGAUUGAUUACUCAGGCACAAGGUUCAGCUUAUGUGGAGCUAAAUCGCACUAAAGUCAUAUGUGCUGUGUAUGGACCCAGAGAGGUUGCUCGUCGAGAAGAUGUUCAGAUGCAAGGUCAGGUGACAUGUGAAUUCAAGUUUGCACCUUUCUCAUGUCAUGUCAGACGCCAGCCAGUCCAAGACAGUCAGGAAAAAGAUCUUUCAACACAAUUGUUAGAAGCGAUUAGACCAGCUAUCUGUUUGGAUAAGUUUCCCAAAUUACAAGUGGAUGUGUAUGUAACUGUACUGGAGAAUGAUGGAAGUGCUCUUGCUGCUGCCAUUACCUGCGCCUCCAUAGCAGUAGCAUCAGCUGGAAUCGACAUGUAUGACCUGGUUAUUGGCAGCAGUGCUAAAAUCCUUGGAGAAAGAAUAUUUGUUGAUCCAACCAACAGUGAAGAAAAUACAUGCAUGGAUGAUGAUCCAGCCAGAGUUGGGGGACAGCUGACAAUUGGACUGUUGCCAUCAUUAAAUCAAGUGUCAGAAUUGACCUUCCAGGGAGACAUUGGUUUCAACGUGUUGUCUCAAGCAGUACAAAUUUGCCAGGACACCUGCCACAAAUUAUAUCCUGUGGUACAGCAGACCCUUGAGAAGAUAGUCAAAGACAAACAUAAAAAUAUUUGAUGGCUAAUUUGUACCAUUUUUAGAUCUUUGUCUCAUUGUUUAAAAAAAAAUACAGUGUCCAGAGCAUAAAGACUGCAUACAUUUUAUUACAUUAGCUUGAGCUUGAAAUUGGUAGAAAUUUGAGAGAUGCUGUGAUUAUUAUGGGUUAUAUGUAUAAGUUUAUGAAUGACACUGAUGAUUGUCGAAUAAAUGUUUAGAAAAUAAAACACUGUAGAGCCAA